UGAUCCAAGCUCCAUCCUGUCUUCAGGCAGCUAUCAAUCGACCCCAAUGGAAGACACCACGAGCACGACGAAGACGAAGGGCCCGGCGGCGCACGUGGCGCUGCUGGCGACGCCGGGGAUGGGCCACCUGAUCCCGCUGGCCGAGCUGGCCAAGCGCCUCGCCGCGCGGCACGGCGCCACGGCGACGCUCUUCACCUUCGCGUCCACGGCGUCGCCCACGCAGCGCGCGUUCCUCGCAUCCCUGCCGCCGGCCGUCGACGCCCGCGCGCUGCCGCCCGUCGACCUCUCCGACCUUCCGCCCGGCACCCCCAACGAGGCGCUCAUGUCCGAGGAGUGCGCGCGCUCCGUCCCGGCGCUCGCCGCCGCGCUCGCGGAGCUCCGGGGCCGGGCCGCCGCGCCGCUGGUGGCGUUCGUCACCGACCUCUUCGGUGUGGACGCCUUCGUCGCGGCCCGGGCCGCCGGGGUGGGGCGGAGGUGGCUCUUCUUCCCCGGCAGCCUCCACGCGCUCACGCUCUUCCUCCACCUCCCCGAGCUGGCCGCCUCCAUCCCUGGCGAGUUCCGCGACCUGGACGAGCCGCUGCGGCUGCCGGGGUGCGUGCCCAUCCCGGGGCCCGACGUCAUCUCGCCGCUCCAGGACAGGUUGAGCCCCGCCUACGGCCAGAUGGUCCGCCUCGCCGGGCUCUUCCUCGACGCCGACGCCAUCCUCGUCAAUUCCUUCGAGGCGGUCGAGCCGGAGGUCGCCAUGGUGCUUCAGCAACCCAAGCUCGGCCGGCCGUCGGUGCACCCUAUCGGCCCGCUGAUCCUACCAGCGGACAGCGGCGCCGGCGACACAGCGCCUCGCGCAGCAUGCCUGGAGUGGCUCGACCGGCAGCCAGCCAAGUCGGUCAUCUUCGUCUCGUUCGGCUCCGGCGGUGCCCUGCCGGCGGAGCAGAUGCGCGAGCUCGCGCUCGGUCUGGAGCUCAGCGGGCAGCGCUUCCUCUGGGUGGUGCGGAGCCCCAGCGACGAGGGCUCGCUGAGCGGCAACUACUACGACGCCGAGAGCAAGAAGGACCCCUUCCCCUACCUCCCCGAGGGGUUCGUGGAGAGGACGAGGAGCGUGGGGUUAGUGGUGCCCUCGUGGGCCCCGCAGACGGAGGUGCUAGCCCACGGGUCCACCGGAGGGUUCCUGACGCACUGCGGGUGGAACUCGACGCUCGAGAGCCUCGUGCACGGCGUGCCGAUGGUGGCGUGGCCGCUGUACGCCGAGCAGCGGCUGAACGCGGUGAUGCUGGCGCAAGGGGUGGGGGCGGCGGUGCGGUUGCCGGAGGCGAAGGACAAGGAGGCGAUCGCGGCGGCGGUGAGGGAGGUGAUGGUGGGGGAAGGGAAGGGAGCGGCGGUGUGGGCGAAGGUGGCGGAGCUUAGGAAGGCGGCGGCGGAAGGUAUCCGCGGUGGCGGUGCGGCGACCACCGCACUAGACAAGAUGGUGGAGAACUGGGCAGGGGAGAAGUAGUACGUAGUUGGUCCGCGACAUACACAGUCGUUUGGUUCCGAGUCGUGAGUUAUAGCUAUUCAUGUGCUGUGUUUUCGGUGUGUGCUGGGUCAUGAAAAUUUGGAACUUAACCAUAUCUAUAUGAAAUGUGCACGUCGCCAAUAA